AUGGUUCUUUCCAACGUAAGCACCCAAGUCUUCGAGGGCUCCAUUGAUCCUUAUGAUCCUGAAUAUCACUGGGGCGGAGUUAGUAUCUACCCCGAAGGGCCGAUUCCAACCCAAAUCGAGUACCCUGGUCUACCAGCGGGAACGACUCUCCCACCCGGUAUUCCAAUUCACCUCGACCAUUUCGUCACACCCGCUCCUCCACAUCUCGCUCAUACACCACUCGAAUGUCCCGGCGCACCAAGGCCGGACAAAAAGCCCAUGAAGUCAAGUGCAGUGGAGGUUACCCCACUCGGAUCUACUUCGAGACCAAAGUAUCAUAGUGGGCUCUACGGACUCCAUCGUCGCCUACCUUCUUCCCGUCCGACAUUCGUAUAUGCGUACCAAUGUGUGGAAGGUGGACGCUGGGAUCAUCUUCCCGAAAGCCUUCGCCCAAUGGAACAGAACCUCAGGGUACAAGCUCAAAGCCUCGAUAUAGCUUCGGAAGAGGCUUGCGAACCCGAAGUGGAGGUAGUGGAAUUGCGGGUCUCACGUCCCCGGUAUGAUUCAAGUACCAAUCGUCCUACGGGGGACGAGAAACGGCUAAAUACGAAUCGGCAUCUGAACAGGGCACUGCAGAAUUUUCGAGUGCAGUUUGGACAGAUGGAGGAGAAUGGUUGCUGA